AAAGGAAUACUCCUUUCUCAAUAGAAAGGGAUCGAUAGGAGAAGCAAAACCAGUUUCCUUCUUCGUUUCGCAAUGUAAUAAUCUAGUAAAAAGUAGAAACUAUAUCAGAUUUCGGUUCUCAUUCGCACCCCUACGAAGCUGAAGAACAGAACAAAGCAGAACAGGUUUUGUGUGAAUCUAUUUGAUACUGAAAGAGAGAUAAAGACUGAAACUUUUGAAAAAAAAAAAAAAGUUAGGGUUUUGAAGGAAGAGGAAUUGUAGUUCGAAUUCAAGCAAAAUCGACACCAUUCUGAGAUUGGAAAAAUCCAAGGAGGGAGUAAAAAGAUGGAGCAACAAUUUGCAUCCCUUGAUAUCUAUGGCCGUAACAAGCAAUCAAUAUCGGUUAAGACUGAGGUGGAGGAGAAUUGUUACAUGGAAACAACCCAAACUCCAUUAGGAGCUAUUGGUUAUGCAAUUCCCGAGGAAAAUAAGGAUCAACAGUUUGAUGUUGUUCUAAUGGAGUUGCCUGUUAGGCAGUCAUUCAUAAAGCUAGAGGAUUCUGAAUUAUUAUUUAGUGUAUUAUCUAAUGAUGUCAAUGUGGAUAUGUCUCCUCAAGGCCAGAAAGAGCGAAAAUAUAUAAAACUUUUGUUCAAUAUCAAGUAUGGGACAAACCCGCAAAAGGAAACUGCUUGGAGAGUGCUCGCCCAGGAGGCUCGUGAGUUUGAUAGCAUGACAUUAAUGAAUCCUAUUCUGCGGUUGCUUAGGCAACUCACAUGGGAAGAUGAGGGGGAGAGAAACUUUUUGGUUGGGGUUAUUGUUAGUGUGCUGUCUGAAUUUGGUCCGUUGGUUUAUCCUCAUGUAAGCUCAAUUUUUGUGUUAGUUCAGCCCUCGUUGAUUCGUCAAGAUUAUAAGAUCCGUGAAGCAGGGACAAUGAUCAUUUACAAUAUCAGCAAGGCAGUUGGCCCGGAAACUAUGGUUACUUUGAUGCGUUCAGGUAUUGAUAGCCGCUAUGCCGACGAGCAUGUGAAGAAUGUAACUGCAAUAACCUUGAGUGUUGUUGCUUCGGCACUUGGUGUACCUGCACUCUUGCCAUUCUUGAUGGAAAUUGGUAUGCCUGCACUCCUGCCAUUCUUGAAAUAUGUGUGUCAGAGUAAUAAACUUUGGCAAGUUCGUUGCAUUGGCAUCAAAAUUGUUCAGGAGAUUGCUUAUUCAAUGGGCUGUGCUAUUUAUCCGCGCUUGAGGGCUCUGCUAGAAAACAUUGAACAUGGUUGCAAGGAUGAGAAUCAGGAGGUCAGAAAUAUUACAGCACUGGCUCUUGCUGAGAUUGCUACUAUUGAAAGCUCUGGCAAGCCAUUUCCGAUAAUUAGUUAAUUUAAUGCAUUUUAAGUUUGUAUCCUGAAAAUACAGCUUUGCCAAUACUUUGAAACUUUUGUUUUUUCUGAUUUUAAAUAUGGCCUGUAUUGUAGCUGAUGGAUUAGUAUUCUGUUCUUUGUUUAAGUUAUAGACCCAUUGGUAGUUGUUUGCUUGUUGAUCUUGAUUGAUAUAUUUGUUAUUGGAUAGUUACAUUCAAUUCACUAGAAGCCCAAAAGGAUUUCUUGAGCCA